AUGAUGGUUACCGUACUCGAGAAGGAGAUUGAAGUAGGCGGUUUAGCCCGUUCAGUCACUGAUCGACGAGGCUUUACAUGGGAUCUUGGUGUACAUGUAACAGGGCACCUCAUUCAAUCUGAGGCUGGUGCGGGGCAGCCUGGCGAUACAAUCGUGUGCUCGCGACUCUCAGUGUGUCAAGCGUACAUGAGGCAUGUAAUACAAGACGAUGACAAUGUGGAGGCGAACUAUGUACCGUAUCCCGUGCAAGACUCAAUACCGUACUUUCCGGAAGCGGUGAAACUUAGAUGUUUGCACGAAAUUUCUUCGCUGACAGUGCCUUCCAAAAGUGCAGAAAAUUUCGACGAGUUCACUUCGAACACUUUCGGUGAAACUCUGCAGGCAAUUUUCAUUCGACCUUACAAUGAAAAGGUGGGUUGCUGCUACAUACGAUAA